AUGUCGAGUCCCGGGUAUUCGCAGACCCAUCUCUCUUCAAGUAACCGAUCCCCCUCCAUCUCGGCAAACCGGGCAUCCAGUCUACCAUCCCGGCCACGCCUCAAUCCUUACAAAACACCCGAUCGACCAACGUUGAGCAAGUUCCCUACCUCUUCAUCUUCGGUCUCAAGCAUCAGUACGAUGUCGACUGCUCAUAGUACAUUUUCGAUUAGAUCUUUUAGACGUGAUUCGUUGCCAAUCACUCCACCGAAUGAUUUCAAGGAAUCAAUGGAUCAGUGGGCAACUGCACGACCCCGAAAUCUUUAUGAUUCCCCCAUAAGAACGUCAAGGAAUUCAAGAUCUAGAUAUCAAGCAGCAGCUUUGCAAUCCAAAGUUGCUGAGGGUCGAGAUCGAAUCGAGAGUAAAGGAGAUGAUGGUGAAGUUGACUAUCAAGAUGACGAUGAUGAAAAAGACCAAGCUGAAAUGGUAUUGAAGAUGCCUGGGGCCUUUCCAACUGACAUGGAAGAAAUAGUUGUUAACAGGCAUAUGAGCUCGGGCUUUGCUAAUGCCUACAAUUCCAUGCCUGUUCAGUAUCCUAUUCUUCCAGCGAUACUUCCACAACGUCCAAAGUUUUGUUCUUAUGGAUCCUCUCGCAAAAGUACCCGAGCAAUAAAUGACGCUAUUCGAUCACUUCUCCAGAAACCGUUCAAGCAUCAUUGCGACCUUACUGCUGGUUACAUAUAUGCAUUUGAAUCUCACAGGUAUGCUCCUUGUCACAUAAAGAUCGGCCAAUCGAGCAGAGCUCCAGAAACUCGCAUGCGAGAGUGGUCGAAAUGUGGAAUGCCAAUUUCCGAAAUCUCCAGAUCUGCAUCCAUCGUUCCAUUCGAAACACCCAGCAGCAAUGGCGAAGACGCUUUCUAUCAUUACACGUUAGUUAAGUCUAUCAUUUUCGAAGAGUUCUAUAAUCAACGCAAGUGGUUUGAAUGUGAGGUUGGCAAAAAUUACCAGCGCGGACCUAGAAGGCAUACAGAAUGGUUGGAAAUUGAUGUAUAA